AUGAUCGAUACUCAACCCAAUCAACCGAAUGGAUUAAGUGAUAUGAUAAAGAAGAAUGAUCGAACAAAGACAUAUGAGGAAGGAAAGCUUGAUGAUCAACCGACCAUGAAUUAUUUAGAUCUAAGGGAAACUCCAUCAUCACCAAAGAGAUGGAAACCGUGGAUUGAUUCGAAUUUUAUCAAUAUUCUAAAAGACAGCCCGAAAGACGAUAGAAAGAAAAGGCAGAGAAAACGACUUGGUGCAUUUGUGAUGCCGUCACCUUGCUGUUGUAUCUCUAUUGUCGCAGGUAUUAUUGGAGUUAUUUUACUGGGUGCUCUAAUAACUGCUAUUAUUUUUAUGGUAACGCCAGCAAGUUUGAUAGUAAAGUCUUCUAUAUCGACUGCAACAACGAGCGAGACAACAACAGCAACAACAACAACAAGUAGUACAACAACUGAUACAGCUAGCACAAUUGUAACAAGCACAACAACUGAUACAACUACCACAACAAGCACAACGGCUGAAACAGCAACGACAACAGCCAUCAUUACAACGACUGAUACAACUACCACAACUGCAACAAGCACAAUGGCUGAAACAGCAACGACAACAACUAUCAUUACAACGAAUGAUACAACUACCACAACAGCCACGAAAACAACAACAAGCACUGUAACAACCGCUACGACUAGCCGUACGACGACGACAGCCACAAGUUCAUCAAGUAUCGAUUUUCUUUUUUUUAUCCAUGAAAAAAAAUUCGAGAAAGUAUGCAUUCCAACGAAAACGUUUUAA